AUGGCUGAUAUUGACAAUAGCUCCCCACUCGGGAAGAAGCCGUUGGGGGUCCGUCCAUGGCUUCUAUUCAACUCGUCCGGUCAGUCCCAUAUAUUGGAAGCAGGGAAGCAUGCUAUUAUGCGGCGAACAGGUAUCACCGGCCGAGAUCUGCGUAUUCUGGACCCUGAUCUUUCGUAUCCAUGCACCAUUUCGGGCCGUGAACGAGCCAUAAUAUUCAGUGUGGAGAACAUCAAGGCUGUGAUUAUGGCUCAUGAAGUCCUCUUGCUCAACUCCAAGGACCCCGCUGUCGCGCCCUUUGCAGAAGUGCUUUGUGAAAAAAUCUUGAACCACCAUGAUAGCAUCGAUCCAGAGGAAGUAGGGGCCGAGUUUGGAGGAGAAAAUUUGGAUGAUCGGAAGCGUCUUCCCCUCGAGUUUGUUGUCUUGGAGGCUUGCCUCGAGGAGGCAUGCACUUGGCUGGACAACGAGGCAGUUACAUUGGAGGAAGAAUCUUAUCCGGCACUUGAUGAGUUAACUUCGAACAUCUCUACUCUCAACAUGGAACGUGUGCACCAAUUUAAGAGCCGCUUAAUCGGGAUAACUAAUCGUGUUCAAAAGGUGAAGGAUGAAUUAGAGCGUUUGCUAGAUGAUGAUGACCCCAUGUCUAAGAUGUAUCUGACAGAGAACCAACUACAACAGCAGCUUCAAAAUUAUAGUGCACACGAAGAUCAACUAGAUGACAAGAAUAACGAAGUAAUUCUGUCAGACGUAGAAUACAGGACGCCAGCUGACAACUUGACAGAAAACAGUGAAGGUUCCACCAGACUUGGUACUGAUCUUCUUCAUACCAAUCAUGCUCAAGAACAGGAAUUUGUUGACGCUGCUAGUUCAGUAUUUAGCAGAAAAAGCCAAGCAACCUAUGCCAGUAGCAAACGCAGUGAUAGAAGCAAGCGUCAAAGUGUAAAGGAUCUUGAAAUGCUUCUGGAAGCAUUCUUUGUUCGUAUUGACGCUACGCUCAACGGAUUAUCCACUCUGAGGGAGUAUGUAGAUGAUACUGAAGACUAUAUCAACAUUAUGCUCGAUGACAAACUGAACAACAUGAUGGAGAUGGUGAUCAAGCUGAUGACAGCAACCGUAGCAUUGACUUGUUUUAUGAUCGUAGACUCAGUUUUGGCUAUAAACAUUCACAUUGAUUUGUUCAAUGACAAUGAACCUCCAAACAAAUCCUUCUUGUGGAUGAUUUGUGCCGGCAGCUUUGGUACUAUAUGUAUAUAUAUAAUUGCAAUGUGGCUGUAUAGAUACAAAGGAUUGCUGCAUUGA